AUGGCGCCGCAACACCCCGUGGCUUCACCUGCCUCAGUCGAGACCGGGGAGAAACCCGCAGCCUCCCUCGACGCCGUCAUGACGGACGCCGCCGUCGCCCCAGCCCUCGAGGCAGAAAACAACGCUGGCAAAACGCCACUCGCCGCCCAGGCCUUCUGCUGCUCCGGUCUCGACUUCGGCACGCAAAACUGCGUCCUCGCCAGCGCCGACUUGUCCGCGCCUCUCGCGAUCGACGUGGAAGGAAACGCGUUGUCGAACCGCAGCACGCCGAGCACCGAGGCGUUCGACGGGAAACUCCGGCUUGUCGGCGAAGAAGCUGAGGCCCGCGCGACGUCGAAUCUAAAAAACACCAUCUGCCACCUCCCGCUGUGGGUAGCAGUCAGAGACGAGGCUUCGCUGGAGAAGUUGAAAAACCGGUUGCAGUUCGCGUCCUUUCCCGAGGUCUCCUUCGACGCGCCGCGGGGCGAGCCUACGUUUGAAGUCACUUUCGACGGCGAAGCAACGCAAAUUCCUCUGACCGUCGUCGUCGCGCACUACUUGAAGACUGUCGUGAGCUUUGCGGGAACGUCGAGAGGCCGAGCCGUGGAGAGCCGCGCCCUCGCUGUGGCGCUUCCCUCCGCGUUCGAGACUGCGGACGUUCGCCUCGUCCGCGAUGCGUGCGACUUGGCGGGUCUUUCCCGUGUCGUCGUCGACGAGAAGUCCGACGCGUCUGGACCGCUCCUCCUCACGCGCACAGACGCCCUCCUCAACUGCUGGGGAUGCAAACACCUGCCACAGGUGUACGCGGAGCUCCCCGCGGGUGUAUGUACACCCGAGAACGGCCCGGACGGGUCCGAGACAGAGGCCAAGUACAUUGCGCUCGUCGACGUCGGUUUCGCGGAAACGUCUGUCCAGAUCGCGGAGCUCCGCCCUCGAGACGAGAAGGAAGCUGAGCAAGAAAAGGGGAAAGUCCAAAACAAAAUCGCCAUGAAACGACUCGCCGUCGUUGUCGAUAACGCCCUCGGAACCGUCGAUGCGAUUAAUGCCUUGGCGAAGCACGUGGUGGAGGUCGUGAAAACGAAACACGGCGAGGACGUUGUGCCCCACAGCAAGCGGGCUCUUCGCCUGUUCGCGAGCUGUCAACGGGCGGUGAAAGAUCUCAGUGGCUUACCCGACACGACUCUCGCCUUGGAAGGCUUUCUUCAAGAUGAAGGCGACCUCGUCCUCCCUGUCUCUCGCGACCUCUUCGAACGGCUCUGCGCCCCGCUCAAGGCGCGUCUCGAGAGCCUCGUGGCGAGCGCGUUCGUGUCCGCAGGGGUGGCUCCUUUGAGUAUCUCCGGGGCGGACGUUGUCGGCGGCGGAUCGCGGAUUCCUUGGGUCGCGGAGACGCUCAGCGCCGCCCUCGCGCAGGGCCAAGACGCGCCGUCGCGCCUGCGAAGAACUCUCGACGGAAGCAGCUCAGUCGCUGUCGGCGCAUGCUUUGCAGCCAGCGGGCAUCGCUACGUGCAGCCGUUCGCCCUAACAGACGACCGCCUUGCGGAGCCUGGCCUGGAGGCUCUCGCGACACGACUGGCGGCGACGGAGGCAAAGGAGCUUGCGCGGUGCGCUGUUCGCAACGCCAUGGAGGCGUACCUUUUCCAGAUGCAGGGAGCCCUCAGUGGGCCGCAUGCAAAUCUGUUUCGCGACAAAGAGGAGAUUUCAGGCAUCCUGAGAACGAACGAGGACUGGCUGCUGGACCACCCCGACGCAGACCAGGAGGCGUUUGAGGCGAAGUUCGAGAGCCUCAAACAGAUGCUCCAGGAGAAAUGCGCGAACUACUUUGACGCUGUCGAGAAGGAAAGACAGCAGAAGGAAAGAGAACUCGAGGACGCCGCGCGACUCGCCGCGAGCAACGCGCAGGAAGACCUCGACGUCAAGUUGCCAAACAGCCAGUGCAUCAAACGUGCCAAGAAAAACAAAGACGAAGGAAACGAACUCUUCAAAGACGGGAACACGGAGAUGGCCGUUCAGAGGUACAUCAAGGCGUUGCAGUACACUGCGAAGCUGUUUGAUCUUUCGCCCCAGGACGCGGCUGAGGCCGACGCUCUGAAGCUGGCAUGCAAUCUGAACCUUGCGCAGGCGUACAUCAAGCUCGCCUCUGGCGACCUGAAGGCGCCGCUUUCGACUGCGCAGGAGACCUUUCUCAAGAAGGCCGUCGGCUGUUGCGACGCAGCGCUCGAAACAGACCCCAGCAGUCUGAAGGCAGCCUACCGGCGAGCGCUGGCGAACGAGAAACUGCGCGACUUCGACGCGGCUCUUGAAGACGUGAAGAAGGGACUUGCGAUAAGCCCAACAGACACAGAUCUCCUCAAGCUGAAAGAUCGGUUGGAGAGGCAAGUCAAGUUGCAAAAGGAGAAGGCGAAGAAGAUGUACGCGAAGAUGUUUUCCUAG